AUGUUCAGCCUGUCAGAGCUGGCCUCUCCGAGUGAGCGGCAGGGCAGCUCCAAGCUGCUGAAGCCCUGGUGGGAGGUCUUCAUGGAGUACCUGGUAGUGCUGAUGCUCAUGGUGUCUGUGUUGUCAGGCACCCUGUUGCUGUCUCGAGACAGGGUGGUGUGUCUCCCCCUGGACCUCGCUACCACCCCCACUAACCAGAGCACCUCCUCCAGCAGUGGUGCCGUCCCUCAACCCCACCCACCUAACAGGCCCCCCACCAAGCCAUCCCCCCUACCAGCCAACCCCUGGAGCCCUGCUAGGGGCAGGCGCACUCACCUGGACUACCAGCAGUACGUCUACAUUAGCCAGGUGUGCUACCACGAGGCCCUGCCCUGGUACUCCCGCUUCUUCCCCUAUGUGGCUCUGCUCCAGUCCCUGGUGCUAUUGGCCAGCGGAUGCUUCUGGUUCCACUUCCCCCUCACCUCUGCCCGCAUAGAGCACUUCCUGGCCAUCCUGGCCAAGUGCUGUGAGUCGCCCUGGACCUCCCGUGCCCUGUCCCAUGCCGCCCGCCAGGAGGAGGGAGGGGAGGAGACAGGACCCCAGGAUCUCCAAAUGCCUCCUCCUACUCUCCUGUCUUCACCCUCCAUACCCCGCAACCGCCAGUCUAGCCUGGACUCGGGCACAGACAGCCCCCUGCUGGUAAGAUCGGAUAGCGCGUCCACUGCAACCCCUCCCUCGCCCUGCCCCUCCACUCUCUCCCGGACCUCCUCCCUGUCCUCCGUGUCUCUGUCCCGGGCCCGUGUCCCGGCUUCCAAAUCCCCUGUGGUGCUGGAUGGUUCACGGCGGGUUGCCAGUUUGGACCGGAGUGACGGAGAACAGGCCAGGGCACUGUUCGAGAGGGUGCGCCGCUUCCGCUCCCACUGUGAGAACUCUGAAGUAAUCUACAAGGUCAGGGGUCAUUUACUGAAUGUCUCUGAACUCUUUUUUUAUGUAUCUGUUUAUCAUACCACACCUCCACUUCACUAUCCCUGUUUCCUCCUCACUCCUGCUGUAGGUGUACUUGGCCCAGACGGUGUUCAAGCUGCUGCUGGUGGUGCUGAUAGUGGGCUACACCACCCCUCUGAUGGGCUCGAUCUCGUUCACCCACACCUGCCUGCCCCAGGCCCAUGCCCUGACUGGCUACAGUGCCUUUGAGUGUACCCAUGCCCUGGCCUCAGUCCUCCACAAGUUGCUGCUGGCCUACAUCAGCCUGGUGGGGCUGUUUGGCCUGCUGAGCCUCUACACCCUCAGCUGGAUCCUCCACAGGUCUGGAUAGCAGAUUAGUGUCAAGACUUUUUUGAGUGUUGUGUCUGUAAUUUGCAUUUUAUUUUCCCAUCUGUUUUAAUUGGCUUUGCUCUGCAGCCAGUGGUGUAAAGUACUUAAGUAAACAUACUUUAAAGUACUACGUAAGUAUUUUAGCAAUUACAUUUACUUUUGAGACGUAAGUAUAUUUAAAACCAAAUACUUUUAGACUUUUACUCAAGUAGUAUUUUUCUGGGUGACUUUCACUUUUACUUGAUUCAUUUUCUAAUUAAAGUAUCUUUACUUUUACUCAAGUAUGACAAUUUGGUACUUUUUCCACCACUGUCUGCAGCAUAAUACACUGUUAGUACCUUUACUGUUAACUAUACAGUGCUCUGUUUGUGGUUGUCCACCCCUCAGCUGCCUGCGUCAAUACUCCUUUAACAAACUGAGGGAGCUGGGCUCCAUGAGGGAUGUCCCUGACCUGUGUAAUGACCUGGCCUUCCUGUUACAUAUGGCUGACCAGUACGACCCCCUGCUGGCCCAGCGCCUUUCCGUCUUCCUGUCACCCGUCAGCGAGACACGCCUGCUGGAGGAGAGCCUGGAGAGGCGCUGGGGGGCCGAGAGGCUGCGCUCCAUGACCACGGUCGACCCCGAGGGACGGCCCCUGCUGCAGCUGGUGGCCCUGCCGCGCCUGCCCCCCGCCCUCUUCACCCUCAGCCAGUUGGUGGUACUCAAGCUGGAGCUCAUCACGGACGCCAAGCUCCCCGCACAGGUGGCCAACAUGACCUCACUCAGGUGAGCCAUAUAGCCAACAAUGAAGCCACCAAAUAUUGAAAGAAUGUUCAUGAAAUAUACACUUUAUACAAGUGUUUGGCUUGGUGUGUUCUAGACAAGGGGCUUCAACUGUUUUAUUUGUCACAACAGGGAGCUUCAUUUGUACCACUGUACUGCAGCCAUGCAGCCUGGUGCCCUGGUGGUUCUGCAGGAGCGUCUGGAGGCCCUGCACCUCACCUUCACCCAGGCUGCAGAGAUCCCCGGCUGGGUCUACUCUCUCCGCGGCCUGCAGCAGCUGCACCUGUCUGGCCGGUUGGGCUGUGAGGGCGGGGUGGGCCGUGGCUGGGCCCUGGGAAGCCUCCGGCAGCUCCGUCACCUCCGUGUGCUGGUCCUGAGGGGCAUGCUGCAGCGUGUACCCGGGGAGUUGGGGGAGGUGGCGGGAAGCCUGGUGAGGCUGGAGAUCCACAACGAGGGCUCCAGGCUGCUGGUGCUGACAGGGCUGCGGCGUGUGGCCGGCCUGACAGAGCUGCAGCUGCAGGACUGCCACCUGGAACGCCUACCCUCGGCCCUGCUGGCCCUCACCAGCCUGCGCACCCUGGAUCUGCAGCACAACAGCCUGCGGACCUUGGAGGAGCUCCUGGGGCUGGCGCACCUCCGCCGCCUCUCCUGCCUCAGGCUGGCCCAUAACCGUAUUCUGGCCCUACCGGCUAGUGUUGGUGUGCUGCGUGCUCUGGAGCUCCUGGACCUGGGGUACAACCAGCUCCAGAGCCUUCCCCCGGCCCUCUUCAACCUCCACCACCUACGUCGCCUCCUACUGGCUGGCAACCUGCUGGACAAGCUGCCGGCAGAGGUAGGGGCGCUGACAUUUCUUACCGAGCUGGACCUGAGUGGGAACAGGCUGGAGAGCCUGCCUCCAGAGCUUUUCAGUCGCUGUUUGGAGCUGCGGAGCCUGAAUGUAUCCCACAACUCCCUGGGUUCCCUGCCUCCAGGGCUGAGCAACCUGAGCCAGCUGUCCAGGCUGGACCUGCGCAGCAACAGUCUGGAGGAGCUGCCCAUGGAGCUGGGCUUCUGUUCAGGACUGCACGGAGAAGGUCUGCUGGUGGAAGACUGGCUGCUCCAUGCACUGCCACGCCAUUUGAAGGAGUUCCUAACCCAGCCUGGCUCUCCUACUGGCAAAUCCUUAGAAUCACACUCCCGUCCAGACUCAGAUAGCUUCCCCUACUUCUCGGCUACCCAGUGGAGCUUCUCCUCCGCUCUGGAAUCACGGAUAUAGAACUGGAGAUGAAUAUUGUCUAACCAGUCAUUGAAUACAUUCAACAUCUUGUAGUGUUUGUAUUGUUUCGGACAAUUCAUAUAUAUUUUUACUGCUUAUUUCUGACCACUUCUUUUCUUUUUUACCACCUCUUUUUCUUCUUGACCAUUCUUUUCUAUGUUUAUCACUUGUUGAGAUUGUGGGGUACAUCACUGCAGUGCUGACAUCCACAAUCUUCCUAGACAAAAAGUGAUUUUACAUGACAGUUCAUAGACUUUGCUGCAGUGAAAUGUUCGAUGCCUUAUGUCCCUGUACUGUUUAUAUAACAUUAAUAUAUAUAACCCUAUGGAAAAACUGAGAAGUCUUUGCUUCCACUAUGAGAGUCCUCUAUUCAUUCACUCUCAAGGCAAAAACAGGCUUUUGGAGGAGGCUGCAUAAGACUGGAUGAAUGCAUGUGCUACUGCACUGGAUUAGACAUUGACAUGGAACAAUCUUUAUUAUCCCCAUGGCGGAGCUCAGAGAUCCCUCCACAGGCUUACUGAAACUUGUUUGUCUGAGGAGGACAAUACCCUGAGCUCCAAUGAGCUUAUGAAGUUCAAAGGCCUAAACUGCACAUGUGGAAACAGACUGAAAUUGGACAGACUGAAAGGAUUUAAACGACCAAUAAGAUUAACAUUAAAAUUUAUUCGUACUUGUUUUGCACAUAUUUAAUCUUCAAAAAUCUAAAAUUAAUCUUACUAGCAUUGGGUGCAGCUUUUUGUGAAACUAAUACUGAUGUGAAACUAAUACAAUAGUAUGCUUGUUCAGAGAAUUAGCACUUUAUUGUGACUACCGAAAUGAUUAAAACUUUAAAUUAAAUUUAAGUUAAAUACUAAUUACAGUACAUGCCCUUAUUGGUGCUGAUUGGGACUAUGUUAUCAUUAGACCUACAAUGUAAUACAAAACACAUUCCAAUUAAUAAUUGCAAAAACAUUUGCCCCUUGAGGACAAAUAAAGUUUAUUGAAUAAAUGAAGUGUGUGUGUGUGUGUGUUCUACUGUACACAAGACCAUGGUCAAUCUUAGUGACUUAAUUAAUUUAAUACACUAGGAAAGUCCCGCCUACUUCCUGGAUCAUCUCACAUACUGUUUUUGAAUGAGAUUCAACAUUAUAUCAUAAAAUUCAUAAAAACGCGAUCAUUUAAGAUAUGUAAAAUUAUAUUCGUAUUCGUGGAUUAAUUUACUUCUUCCCAAUAUGUUUUAUAAGGUAUUCGAUUACAAAAUAGAAAACGCAAUCGAAAAUGUUCAUGAAAGACAUCAGGUAGAAGUAUCAUUGCUAUGUGGAUGACACUCAACUACUUUUCUCCUUCCCCCUUCUGACACCCAGGUGGCGAUCCACAUCUCUGCGUGCCUGGCAGAUAUCUCAAUUUGGAUGUCGGCCCACCACCUCAAGCUAAACCUCGACAAGACGGAACUGCUCUUCCUCCCGGGGAAGGCCUGCCCGCUCAAAGACCUCUCCAUCACGGUUGACAACUCCACAGCGUCGCCCUCCCAGAGCGCAAAGAACCUUGGCGUACCGCUGGACAACACCCUGUCGUUCUCUGCAAACAUCAAAGCAGUGACCCGCUCCUGCGGGUUCAUGCUCUACAACAUCCGUAGAGUACGACCCUACCUCACACAGGAAGUGGGGCAGGUCCUAAUCCAGGCACUUGUCCUCUCAGGUCUGGACUACUGCAACUCGCUGUUGGCUGGGCUCCCCGCUUGUGCCAUCAAACCCCUGCAACAGCCCGCCUGGUUUUCAACCUUCCCAAGUUCUCUGAUGUCACCCCGCUCCUCCGCACACUCCACUGGCUUCCAGUCGAAGCUCGCAUCCACUAAAAGACCAUGGUGCUUACCUACGGAACAGCAAGAGGAACUGCCCCUCCCUACCUUCAGGCUAUGCUCAAACAACAACAGUGUUGGUCCCAUGUUUCAUGAACUGAAAUACAAGAUCCCAGAAAUUUACCAUACUCAUUUCUCUCAAAUGUUGUGCACAAAUUUGUUUACAUCCCUGUUAGUGACCAUUUCUCCUUUGCCAAGAUAAUCCAUCCACCUGACAGGCCAUAUCAAGAAUCUGAUUAAACAGCAUGAUCAUUACACAGGUGCACCUUGUGCUGGGGACAAUAAAAAACCACUCACACAACACAAUGCCACAGAUGUCUCAAGUUUUGAGGGAGUGCCGCAAUUGGCAUGCCGACUGCAGGAAUGUCCACAAGAGCUGUUGCCAGAGAAUGUAAUGUUAAUAAGCCGCCUCCAACUUCGUUUUAGAGAAUUUGGCAGUACGUCCAACCGACCUCACAACUGCAGACCACGUGUAUGGCGUCGUCUGAGUGAGCCGUUUGCUGACAUCAACGUUGUGAAAAGAGUUCCCCAUGGUGGCGGUGGAGUUAUGGUAUAGGCAGGCAUAAACUACAGACAACGAACACAAUUGCAUUUUAUCGAUGGCAAUUUGAAUGCACAAAAAUACCAGGAUGAGAUGCUGAGGCCCAUUGUGAGGCCUAUUUUCAUUAGGGUAUCUGUGUUGUUAUGUGUUAAUAACAUGAAGACUACGUUACCCAGCAGGCUAUGCGAGAGGGGGGGGGGGGGGAGUUGAAGUAUGCCUUGCAUGGCUACACAAGGAGAUUGCUAGCUGAAGUAUCAGUUUAUUAUAAGUAGUUCAACCUACUCCCCGGGUUUGUCAUUAUUCAAAGGAACAAACAUAACAUGGUGUCAGAUUGGUAGUCGCUAUGACGAGACAGAGAAAAGAAAGGAGUAACUCUGCAAAUUUCCGCGACGAAAAUUAAACAUUCUACCACAAGUCAAGUGACGUGAGUAGUCGAAAAUGCUAGCUUGCAAGAGCAAUGCCAACGAUCCGCAGCAGCGAGUGUGACAGCAGCGAGAGCGAGGCUGCACUGGAAUCUGUUGAUGAGCAACCUACCGAAGUAAGAGAAAUUGAAACUGUACCUGUUUCCCGUCAUGGAUAGGCUUAGUCCUCCUACUCCUAUGCAGUUAACAGCCAAUCUAGCUGACAAUUGGAAACGUUUCAAGCAGAGAUUCAAUAUCUACCUAGCAGCCAGUGGAGCAGGGGGAGAUGAUGACAAAUUGAAAGCUUCCAUUUUUCUGCAUGUUAUUGGAGAGGAUGCAUUGGACAUUUACAAUAGCUUUCAGCUAGACUAGGCAAACUUGACAUCUGCGCAUGGCUAAAUUUGAAGAGUACUUUGUACCAAGCCAGAACGUCACGUUUGAGAGAUACAAGUUUUUCUCUCAUGAUCAGAAACAGGGAGUCAGUUUUGACCAGUACUUGGCUGAGCUGAACACACUGAGCAAAACGUGUGAAUUUGAAAACCUGAAAGACUCACUAGUGAAAGACAGGAUAGUCUGUGGCAUACUUGAUAAUGGACUCAAGGAGAGAUUGCUGCGUGAGCAAGAUUUAACUUUGGAUAAAGCAGUGAAUGUGUCGAGCAGAUGAAACCACCAGAACACAAGCUAAAGAGCUGAGCAGGAUGAGAUGUCAGUGCAAUAAAAAGAGAGGAGCAACACAAGGCUUUACAAAACAAAAACAAGCAAAAGAUCAAAACACUACAAUGUGGAAAAUGUGGAUUUAUCCACAAGCCAAAAAAUUGCCCUGCAUAUGGCAAAUCGUGUAACAACUGUGGAAAAAAUAAGCAUUUCUCAAAAUGCUGCAAAGCUGAGGCUACAAAGAAAAAGGUUCACACAGUCAAAGAGGAGACUGAAUAAUUUUUUGUUGAUUCUGUGGAAAUAUGCAAUGCAGUAAAAGCUGAAUGGAUUGUGCCAUUGACUGUGAAUGAAACUAGAAUACCAUUCAAGCUCGAUACUGGAGCUCAGGUAAACCGGUUGUUGCUGGAUGACUACAAAACACUGAAAGUGAAGAGAAAAAUACACCCUGUGAAAAUCAAGUUACUGGUUAUACUGGGGAGAACGUACCGGUUAAAGGAAGCUGCAUAGUAACUUUACAGCACAAAGGAAAACAGUUCAAAGCACAGCUGCUGAUCGUGGAAAAUAGUGUACAGCCUAUUCUCGGAAUCAGUGCAUGUGAAAAGCUCAAUUUGGUGAAAAGAGUGUAUGAAGUGACAUCACAGACUGAAAAUGACCAAGAAUUGCUACUGGCUGAGUACGAGGAUGUGUUUGAGGGUCUCGGAUGUUUACCUGGAGAACACAAAAUAUGUACUGAUGACAAAAUUACUCCAGUUGUGCAUGCGUGCAGAUUGGGUAAGCUCACUGGUUAUUGUGGUGAAAAAGAACGGCGAUCUCAGGAUAUGUCUAGACCCGAGAGAUCUCAACAAAGCUAUCAAGCGAGAGCAUUUCAAGUUGCCAACCAGAAAAUAGAUAAUGUCGCAGUUUGCUGGAGCAAAGUGGUUCAGUAAGCUUGAUGCUUCAUCAGGAUUCUGGCAAAUUAAGCUAGAUGAUGCAAGCUCAAGGCUUUGCACAUCCAACACACCUGAGGGCAGGUACAGAUUUCUUUGUCUACCAUAUGGGAUUCUCUCAGCGCCAGAGGUCUACCACAAGACAAUUCACAUGAUCUUCGAGCACAUUCCAGGAGUAGAGACCAUGAUGGACGACAUUAUCAUCUGGGGCUCCACAAAAGAAGAACACGACGCGCGAGUGAGACAAGUGCUGGACCUGACACGGAAAGUCAACCUGAAACUAAACAAGGACAAAUGCGAGUUUGAUGUGAAAACACUUACCUUCAUGGGAGACGUACUUUCAGAGGAUGGAGUCAAACCAGACCCGAGGAAAACAUCAGCCAUCAACAACAUGGAGCGCCCGAAGGACAAGGACGACGUGAGACGCUUCAUGGGCAUGAUCACCUACCUUGCAAAUUUCAUACCUCAACUGUCAGCACAGUCUGCUCCACUCAGAUGUCUUCUGGAACAGAAAAACGAAUGUGAAUGGUCCCAUGAGCAGGAAAACUGCUUCAAAAACCUAAAGAAGGCAAUCACGGAAGAGACAGUGCACAGGUUCUAUGAUCCAGAGAAAAGCACAAGGAUUUCUGCAGAUGCAUCACAGUUUGGCCUGGGAGCAGUUCUUCUGCAACAGAAUGACGACACAUGGCAACCUGUCGCUUAUGCGUCCAGAGCCUUGACAGGCGCAGAAACAAGGUAUGCACAAAUAGAGAAAGAACUACUGGCGAGCACAUACGCGUGCGAAAGGUUUCACCAAUACGUCUACUGACAAACCUUCCAAGUAUAAACUGACCACAAACCACUGGUGUCAAUCAUGUCUAAGCCACUUAAUGAUUGUCCAAUGAGAAUCCAGAGAAUGUUGAUCAGACUGUAAAAGUAUGACGUGAAGAUGAUCUACACCUCGGGAAAGUUCAUGUUCGCCGCCGACACUCGAGCAGUCGACAAGAAAGAGAGCGCCGACACACAGAAAAACACUGAGAUUCAGGCCUACGUCGACAUGAUUGUAGCAUCACUUCCUGUGUCUUCUGAUAGAAUGGCGCAGAUCAAAAGAGACAGCAGCUGACCAAACAAUGACAGAGUUGAAAGAAACAAUACUGAUAGGAUGGCCUGCACAGAAAAACAACUGUCCAAGGAGAAUACAGGAUUACUGGAUGUGCAGAGUAGAGCUCACUGUUGUGGAUGACAUAGUGUUCAAAGGCAACAAGAUUGUCAUUUCCAUGACACUACGCAAAGAAAUGCUACAGAAAAUACACGAGGGCCACUUGGGUGAGGAAAAAUGCAAACGACGAGCACGAGAAGUAAUGUACUGGCCAAGAAUGAACCAGGAAAUCAGCCAGACCACUGCUUCAUGUGAACUGUGUUUGACCUACAGGCCAAAGCAGCAAGCAGAACCGCUAAUGCCUCCUCCAGUACCCAAUCGACCCUACUACAAAGUUGGAGUUGACCUUUUUGACUGCAAUGGCAAAAGUCACAUUGUUGUUACCGACUACCCCUCAAACUACCCUGAAGUAGCAACACUGCCAACUACCUCCAGCAAAGCUGUAAUCACCUACCUGAAAUCAGUCUUCGCAAGACAUGGGUUUGCGUCUGAACUGUACUCGGACAAUGGCCCGCAGUUCAAGUUCUGAAUUCCGAUCGUUCGCUAAUGACUGGGGAUUCCAACACAACAUCUCCAGCCCCAACUACCCAAAGUCCAAUGGCUUAGCAGAAAGUUCAGUCAAAAUAGUCAAAGGUCUGAUGAAAAAGGCACAUGAUGGAAAGGAGGACUUCCUAAAAAGUCUGAUGAUCUACUGCAGCGCACCGCUGCAGAGCGGACUUUCACCUGCACAAAUGUUGAUUGGACGUCGCAUCAGAUCCAACCUACCCAUCCAUGAGGACUUGCUAACACCCAGAGGUGCUCACAACAUCAAACUCGCAAAGGAAAAACAGAAAGACAAACAAAAACAGCGACACAACAAUAGUGCAAGACACUUACCUGAACUGAAACCUGGAGAUCAUGUACGACUCAGAGACAUCACUACAGGAACCUGGAUGCAGCAAGGGUGCGUGCAGAGAGAAGUUGCACCGCGAUCCUAUGAGAUCCAAACGGAGCAUGGAUCACAACUGAGACGAAACAGAGUGGAUCUAAGGCUUCAGCCAUUCACUCAAGGGACUGAGGAUCAUCAGGAGGAUACUGCUGAAGUGUCAAAUGCCUUUACCAAUGGACAAUUCAGUCAGAACACCCUGACUGACAAUGAACGCUGUCCAACUGCUUCAGGAAGCAUUUCAGCAGAACGACCAAAAAGGACUGUCAGAGCCUCUGAAAGGCUUAUUGAGAAUUGCUACAAAAAUAUAUAUAUGAAAAAAAAAGGGGCACCUGGAUUGGAUGUUUUUGUUUAUGUGAAAAGAAAUAGAGCCACAAUAGAGUAUUGUUGGACAGAGACUGCAUUUAGUUGAGAAAAAAAAGGGAAAGAAAUGUGUGUUAUUGAAAAUGCCAUGUUAUGCAGAUUGAGUAAACAAAUGUGAUGUGACAUGUUUAGUUACAGAGAAAAAGUAGUUUUCUUUCAAAGGAAGGAAGAUUUUUAUUGAUGGCAAUUUGAAUGCAAAAACAUACCAGGAUGAGAUGCUGAGGCCUAUUUUCUUUAGGGUAUCUGUGUUGUUAUGUGUUAAUAACAUGAAGACUACGUUACUCAGCAGGCUAUGCAAGGGGGGGAAGUUGAAGUAUGCCUUGCAUGGCUACACAAGGAGAUUGCUAGCUAAAGUAUCAGUUUAUUAAAAGUAGUUCAACCUACGCCCCGGUUUGUCAUUAUUCAAAGGAACAAACAUAACAUGGUGUCAGAUUGGUAGUCGCUAUGACGAGACAGAGAAAAGAAAGGAGUAACUCUGCAAAUUUCCGCCACGAAAAUUAAACAUGCAUAUCUGUAUUCCCAGUCAUGUGAAAUCCAUAGAUUAGGGCCUAAUGAUUUUAUUUCAAUUGACUGAUUUCCUUAUAUGAACUGUAACUCAGUCAAAUCAAUGAAAUUGUUGCAUAUUGCGUUUAUUUUUGUUCAGUAUAAUAUAAUUGUACAUAGCUAUAUGACUGCAUGUUCAUAAAUGUGAUGCUAUUAUCUUGAAUCUCAUUGAAAAACAUUAUGGGACACAUGCCACGUUCAUGUGCUAGUCGGAACUAGGAAACUCAGAAAUGUCAGACUUGCUAACUGGUUGAACACGGCACGUGUAUAACUACAAACAGCAAGUCUAAAAUUUCUGAGUUUCGACUACCACGUUAACUGUGUUUUGUGUAGGCUUACCCUGGCGUGGCGUUUUGAUAACCAUGCAAAUCUCUCUAGGACAAGGUGAUUUAUCUAUAUAUGCGCCUGUAUUCCCCCCCAAUUUUUUUUGGUUUAAAUGCUAAUUAGCUGUUAAUGUGGCUAUCAUAAAGAACUACAAAUGCCAUGAUGAUCUGGAUGAGAAGCUCUGGAUUAACUAUCUAAUUUUAGCUAAAUGUAGUAAUGAAUAAUUUGGCUACAUUUCUUUAAAUGGACAAUUAUGUGAACUGUCUAGUGCAAGUUUUAAUACCUGUUAGCAAAGGUGUCAGCUAGAGAUGACGUGCAGGAGCUUGCAGAGAUUUGUAGUUUUGCAUGUCUACUUUGAUGUUAAUUAGCAUUUUUGAAUCUGAGAGUAAAUAGAGCCAAAUAUAUUGAUAAAUGUCACCUUGUCGGAGAGAGAUUUACAUGGUUAUCAAAAAAUCACGCCAGGGUAAGCCUACACGAAACAUAGCCCUUAUUUGAAGUGUUUCUAAAAUCCCCUAUAGGAAAAAUGAAUGGAGGAAAAACUAUUGGAACCAUUUCCCUGUUUGACCCUUAGGUUUUAUGGGUAUUAUGACACUUCCACUGUGGGGCUCUAUAGCAGGUGUAGAAAGACAGAGAACUUCCCACUUCUGCUUACCAGGGGAAACUGUAGUUAGGUUGAAAAUACUGAGCGUGUUUGAGUGGUAAGCUGAAAGUAGAGCACUGUAGAUGGAAGUUGACCAGUAAAGUCGGGGGAGAUGCAUACAGUACGCACUGCUGUCUGACAACUUCUGCUGUUUCUAGGAAACACGACAAUAACCACAUUUCCAUCCAACCAUUUCAUGCAGAUGAAUGCAUGCAUGAAAAAAGUAACGACCGGGGUGAUGGAAACAUGAAAUGCCGGUACAAUUUUAUAAAUGCUGACAGACAAUUUGUUCAUUCGACAUGGUGUGAUCUUUUUGCGUCAGUAAAAUCCAUUGUGAGAAAUGGUGGUGGAAAUGCCUUUAUGCUCAAAUAUUGAUAUAAUAACCAUCAUAUUGAAGUAAACUUGGAGUCAAGAAAAGCUAUGUUAUAUAUAACACAACCGUUUUUUGUGACAAAGCUAUCAGUAGAGUUGAUAAUGCGAUGGAAACCCAUUUAACUUGUAUUUUGUAUUCGGUACAUGGUCAAAGUUAUUUUUAUGUUCACUACGUCAUCACGCACAGCCUUUUAUCCGCAAAAAGUCAGCUUGAUGGAAACACAGCUCUAAAUAGUCAUCCACCCAAAACAGUAAACAUAAUAACCAAUGAUAGGUGGCGACAUCAACCAUUUAUGAGCAUGUAAUGCCUUUUCUACUCCUGAGUGGCGCAGUGGUCUAAGGCACUGCAUCGCAGUGCUAACUGUGCCACUAGAGAUCCUGGUUCGAAUCCAGGCUCUGUCGCCGCCGGCCGCGACCGGGAGACUCAUGGGCGGCGCACAAUUGGCCCAGCGUCGUCCAGGGUAGGGGAGGGAAUGGCCGGCAGGGAUGUAGCUCAGUUGAUAGAGCAUGGCGUUUGCAACGCCAGGGUUGUGGGUUCGAUUCCCACGGGGGGCCAGUAUAAAAAAAAUAUGUAUUCACUAACUGUAAGUCGCUCUGGAUAAGAGCGUCUGCUAAAAUGUAAAUGUAAAUGUUUUCCUUACAAAAAACUGAAGGUUGUCUCCCACAAUGCUUUGGUUCCGACUUCAAGUUGGUGAGGAGCAACUGCAGAAAUGUCCAGCCUACUGCAGUCGAAAGUUCAUGCAUGUGGUUGUUCUAAAGGUCUUGCAGUCAUGUGGCAAGUUGGACAAUUUUUAUACCCAUAAUGCAACACACUUUGAAAGGUGUUGACCAAUGUUGGUCAACCUCUGGACAAAAGUGAUACGCUGGAACGCGCCCACUGUAUUGCGCUAUCAAGACAACUUGGAACGCGGAAAAAACAGGUCAAAUCAUGACGUCAGUGAUCUUCAGGUCGGAAAGUCGGAGCUCUAGAAAGAUGCCAACGUUUCGGACUUGGAAUUCCGAGUUGGAUGACCGUUCAAAACGAUUUUUCCCAGUUGGAGCUCGUUUUUUUCCCAAGUUCCAAUUUAUCUUGAACGCACUGAAGUCGGAAGUCAGAGAUUUCCGAGUUCACAGUUCUCUGUUGUUUUGAACGCGGCAUAGUAUCCCUGAAAACCAGAAACAUCCGCUUUCUUUCAACGCCGCUAAGGGUGGCAGCGCUUAACGUCACUGAUGAUUGACAGCUUGACUUGGCCAAUCGUGAUAAGGUUAGGAGUAGUUUUGUCAAAAUGACGCGUAAACCAACCAAUUAUAUUUCUGUAUUUAGUGGAGGCGGAAGUUCCGGCUAGUCGUAUAAACUGAGGCCUCCUCCCCAUGUGGUUUGAGUAGCAUUUUUCGGAGGUUGAAUUGUAAUAUCACUGUAAGGUAAGACUGUAGAUAAUGUUGCUUAUUUGUGUCAUUUUGGAAAUAUUCCGGUUCUCGUAGUUUUAUUAGAAAUUAUGAACUUCUUUUGAUGGUUUGCUGAUGAGCAAGAUAUUGGCAAAUUAAUUUUAAGCAGCAUUAGUUCUGAGAAGGCUAGUUUGCUAGCUAGGGCUAACGUUAGCUAACCAAAACCGGUUCAAGUCGUGCAAAACAUUGGAAUUAGCCACGUGUGAAUGAACAGGUUGUGUAAUUUGGACAAUAGUCUGUUUCAUAGCUCGCUACAUCGUUAGUUUUAUUAGCUAACGUUAGCUACCAGAACUGCUAGUAAUUGAGCUAACUAGGUUGGCUUGAGCUGUGUGCGGUCAAAGAAGGCGGAGGCGAUUCAUGACAUUGUUUGCAUUACGGAUGUAACGUUACCAGAGAUAUCUGACUUUAGUCGUUAGUUAGCUACCGAGCUAGCCAAUCCCCGACUAUUGUUGACGUUGACGGAACCUUUAUUGUAGCUUGUUAGGCAUUUAUUACAAAUUGCAAGGAACCAUGGCCCCUGGCUUUGUUUGUAAUAAAUAGUUUAUUUUGCUGUCGAACGUGGUUAGUUGGCAGGCUAACUAACUACAUAACUGGAUAGUCAUGGCUUAGCUAGUUUGACACUGUCAUCGUCAUUAUUUAUUUAAAUGUUAUGAUUACUUGGUGUUACUGAAUGCUACUUGUUGUACCUUUUUUAUAGAGGGCUUUGAUGUAGACUAACAUUACCAUAGAUUAGCGGAUUACUUAUUUCCAUUGUAAAUAGUUAGCUAGUGGCGAUGUUAGUCUGUUAACCAUCAAAUCACCUAAGUGAAUACAUUUUGUAUUACAAAAAUAUUGUCUCGGAGAGUCUUUAAUCAAAGCAAAUGGUGACAACCGUUGUGAAUGACCAGCCAUUAUUUCCCCCUCACCCCCCUCUUUAAAAAUAUCUCUGUAGACAGAAUGGCUGAGAAUGACGUUGACAAUGAGCUGCUGGACUAUGAAGAGGAUGAGGAGCCUCAGGGAGCCCCAGAGACCGCUGCCCCAGCAGGCAAGAAGGAGGUGAAGGGCUCCUAUGUCUCCAUCCACAGCUCUGGCUUCAGAGACUUCCUGCUCAAACCAGAGCUGCUCCGUGCCAUCGUAGACUGUGGCUUUGAACAUCCAUCUGAAGGUGAGUGCAAUGGGUGGCUGUUUGGUGGAUGAGUGCUGGGAGUGGCAUAAAUGGAAGUCAUGAAUAGAUGAGUGGCAUGUCUGUGGAUACAAUGGAGUGCAUGUCUAGGAAGACAUAGAAGUAUAAAUGGUCAUUGGGUGUUGAUGGACCACUUGUCAAUUACAAUGCAUGUGUUGUCCAAGGUGUGAUGGCAAAUAAUGCCUCUUUAUUUGUUCUGAUAAAGUUGGUGAAAUUGCAUUCAGGCAUACUGACCAAAUGUCUAAUUGUUUUCCAGUUCAACAUGAAUGCAUUCCUCAGGCCAUCCUGGGCAUGGACAUCCUGUGCCAGGCCAAGUCUGGUAUGGGCAAGACGGCAGUGUUCGUUCUUGCCACACUACAGCAGAUCGAGCCCGUGGAUGGACAGGUCAGUAUAUGCACUCUGAAAAUGUCUCUGGAAUGCCAAGUUUCAAGUAUGUGUUAUGCAUAACCCACAAGUGAUCUAUUAGCAUCAAAUCCUCCUCUUUCCUCCAGGUGUCAGUUCUAGUAAUGUGCCACACACGAGAGCUGGCCUUCCAGAUCAGCAAAGAGUACGAGCGCUUCUCCAAGUACAUGCCCACAGUCAAGGCAGCCGUGUUCUUCGGAGGCCUGUCCAUCAAGAAGGACGAGGACGUGCUGAAGAAGAACUGCCCUCACAUCGUGGUGGGAACCCCUGGCCGAAUCCUGGCCCUCAUCCGCAACAAGACCCUCAACCUAAAGAACGUCAAGCACUUCGUCCUGGAUGAGUGUGACAAGAUGCUGGAGCAGUUGGGUGAGUCCUGCUUAUUAUCCCUCUUCCUAUUUGGAGAUGCUUUUCAUCCAACCUAUUUUUGUCAUUUACCCCCCCAGAACUGUGAAUUCUAUCAAUCACUAUCUUGAAUGUAACAGGUUUGAACAAGGGUUUCCCCCAUGGAAAUCUGUUAUCACAUCUAGACUGAAUAGAAUGAUGUCCUGGUACUUGGCUGUUCUGGGGGGUAGUUUGAGGCUGGGCCGUUUUAUCCCUGGUCCCAUUGCUCUCGUGUUUCAGACAUGAGGCGUGACGUACAGGACAUCUUCAGGCUCACACCCCAUGAGAAGCAGUGCAUGAUGUUCAGUGCCACGCUCAGCAAGGAGAUUCGACCUGUCUGCCGCAAGUUCAUGCAGGAUGUGAGUACAGGGCCAGCAGGGGGUAGCAAUGCCACUUAAUGAGGUUAUGGACUCCAAAUGCUGUUUUACAAACAACUAUCUUUGCAUUGACUUCAUAGAAAAGUUGAUUUUGUGGUUCUGAAGUGACGUUCUCUGUCUCUUGUAGCCCAUGGAGGUGUUUGUAGAUGAUGAGACCAAGCUGACUCUGCAUGGUCUGCAGCAAUACUACUGCAAGCUGAAGGACAGCGAGAAGAACCGCAAGCUCUUUGACCUGCUUGAUGUGCUGGAGUUCAACCAGGUAAACCCACAGACUAAUGGUAUCAUUUUUAUCCCUGUAAAAAAUAGUAGUAUUUGUGCUGUUUGCUAUAGGUUUUAAUGUCUCCUGUGUGCCUCUAGGUGGUGAUCUUUGUCAAGUCAGUGCAGCGCUGUGUGGCGCUAUCUCAGCUACUGGUGGAGCAGAACUUCCCUGCCAUUGCCAUCCACAGGGGCAUGGCUCAGGAGGAGAGGUCUGUCGCUCACACGCACACCUUUCUCUCACACAUCUCCAAUUAAAUGGAGCCCCAAAUGCUGACUUUAUGGAGCUGAAAGCCUCUUAAAUUAACUCAACACAUUGUUGCCUUCAAAGGGCAGCCUCUACGUCCAGUAAUACCUAUAGCAGCUGUGUUAAUCCUCUCUGGCUCGCUAUCCUCAGGCUGUCCCGCUACCAGCAGUUCAAGGACUUCCAAAGGCGGAUCCUGGUGGCCACCAACCUGUUUGGCCGAGGGAUGGAUAUCGAGCGGGUCAAUAUUGUCUUCAAUUACGACAUGCCUGAGGACUCAGACACCUACUUACACAGGGUGAGUCACAUAACUGAAGGAGCCUCAAACACCUGUCUUCUGGUUAUAAAUGGUAUUUCCAAAUACCCAUUUCAGUGAUUGAAGUAUCUAUGAUUAUUUCAUCAACUUGUCAUUGACCUCUGUAGAUCUCAGAUAUAGGCUCUGAGUUGUCACUCCCAUCUGACCCUCUUGCCCCUCAGGUGGCCCGUGCUGGCCGGUUUGGAACCAAGGGUCUGGCCGUGACCUUUGUGUCAGACGAGACAGACGCCAAGACUUUGAAUGACGUGCAGGACCGCUUCGAGGUCAAUGUGGCCGAGCUGCCAGAAGAGAUCGACAUCUCCACUUACAGUAAGGCUCUCUCGAUCCUUCUACAUGCAGCCUCCCAUGGAGUCUUUCUCUAUUCAAACUGACAUCACUUUUUAUUCUUACAAGUUGAGUCAUAUUUAAGUCUUUCUGUCACUGUCUGCUGAUACUUGUUUAAUUCAAUUGAAAAGGGAAUUAUGUGGAAUGUAGUGUAGAGGGGCUAUCAUAAUAAACCUCAAUGUGCCCUGUGUUGUGCCUGGGGCAUGCCACCUCUGUUAAUCAUUAGUACUCUAAUGUUGGGCCUGAAAGGCCAGGAGGAUAUUGUCAGCUCAUGGUAACCCCCAAGAUAAUUGCCUGGUAUAAUAACUCACUGAGUAAUGGUGGUGACAAGAGACCAUUGGAUUGCCAUGUAGGGCUGUCCUCCACACAAAUAUUUGCUGCCUGAAAGUCAUCUGUUCUUUCGACCAAUCAGUUGGUCAACAUAUUCUUUUUUUAAAGUGUAUUUUUCCAUAGAUACACCUUAUGUGUUUUAAUAAAAUCAACUAUGCACUGCGCUUGGGUGAUGCUUUAAGCCAGGGGUGUCAAACUCAUUCCCUGGAGGGCCUAGUGUCUGCUGGGUUUUGGUUUCUCUUUUCAAUUAAGACCUACACAACCAGGUGAGGAGAGUUCCUUACUAAACAGUGACGUUAACUCAUCAAUCAAGUCCAAGGGAGGAGUGAAAGCCCUUAGACACUCUGACCUCCAGGUAGCCUAGGAAUGAGUUUGACACGUGCUUUAAGUGCACAAUUUGAUGAAAUAAACAAAUUAUUCGGGAGCCAGAGAUCAAGAACCUCCACCACAUCAUCAUCCUCCUGCUGGCCUUCACAGAUUCUGCCGUUAUGCUCCUGAAGUUGCCGAUAAUAGGCUACACCAGGGGUCGGCAACCUUUUUUCAUGUGGAAUGCCAAUUUAAUCAAUUUCUACCGAUUUGGGUGCCAGUUAUGGCUUUCAUUUGUGCAUUUUUGUGGAACCGUGGUAAUAAAUUAUAUGAAAAUAUUAUAUAUCUAAUAGUAACUUCUAUUGCAGCCUGCAGAUAGAAAAUAUCAUGAUUUAAAAAUAAAUAUCCUAUAAAUCACAUUGGCUACGCAUAGCCUGUCUGCAACAAACUCAAAACAUUAUCAACUGGGUCCAGCCCGACGCUAGCAAACAUGCAACAUUGUAUAAAAUAUUCUUGCUUCUGUUUCCUGCACCAGUGAGCUCCAAACAGACACGGCUGUAGGCUAUUUGCGCAAGGGAUAAGAAGUAAUCGGGACGGCCUAUUUUAUGACGUUUCCGCUGGAUCAGAGCAUUACAUUUUUCCCUUUCACUCAAUGGUUAUCAAAAGGGAGAGUGCUGGAAAGAUUUUUCAAAUACAUUGAGGAACUAUUGUCAAUCUCAAUGUAUGUAAACAGACUUUGUUUACUUGCUGUUUGAGGUGAUGAAAAGGUUACUUUGAAGCUCUACACCUCAUUAGUGGUGGUGAGUUAAGCCAAUCAGAAAUACUAUCAUAUCCCCAAAUGGGCACAUUUUAUAGGCCUACAUUUGCGCAUAGGCCAGGUAGCCUAGGCCUACUUCUAUACGUAGUCAGGUGAGCGUCCUUACUCAACAUUGACAGGAGCGCUUUAAACAAAAGACAAUUACUAAAUUGACAACUAGUAAAUGGAAUUAAAUGUAUCUAAAGUUGUUUCAAGUGUAGCAUUGGUUGUGCACUCUGACGAACGGUAAGACUGCAAUAAUAUUGAAUGCAUUAACAGAAAUUACGUUAAACAACCAUUGUAGAUUAGAAAUUAUGGGACUCCAUGGUAAAUGUACUACUGGUGAAUUGAUAGACACUAACAAAGGGCAAACAAUUGACAGUGACGUUAUGGAACAAUUAAUUGGCGGGAGAGCGCGUUCUGCAUCUUAGCCACGACUCAAAGGUUUCUCGUGCCAUAAAGAGAAACUGGUACGUAUGACUGCUCAACCAAAAAAAUAUUGGAUGACCGACCAGUCGACUAAAUGGGAUCAGCCCUAAACUGGGUAGGUCUUAGCGAAUGGAGACGACUUACAUAUUUAACCCUGCAGUGACAAGCUGGAAUGCCCAGCUGUAGCUUAUGGAGAUGGUCUUCAGAAGUCUCUUCUCUCCUUCCUCACUCACCACUUUUUCUUUCUCUUUCUCUAGUUGAGCAGUCCAGAUGAGUCCUCCAUCCCAGAAGAAAUGUCCCCUACCCCUGAAUCGGUGUCCUUGUUUGGAUGAAAAAACCCUCCUUGCUGUUUUAUUUUAAAGCUCUGUUCCUUGACUAUGUUCACCAAAUGUUUUUUAUUUUAAUGUAUCUCAUUGGGGGUUGUCCAGUUUUUUUUAUUGUCUUAUUGUGGUUUGCUUUUGGUCAAUGAAAUUAAAACUUUUUAUAAAACUCCAGUUUAUGGUCUCAUUUUAACUGAUUACUUACAAUGACGUGCACAUUAUGCAAUUCUUCGAAUGACUUUAAAAAAGAAAGUUAAAUGGACCAUCAACCCCCCCCCCCCCCUGCAUGCAAGCUUACAAAACGUUGGGCCAAAUCUAAAACGCAACCUCAGGAAAGUGUAUAAAGAGCUUUUUGGAAAUUAGUCCCAAGCAAAAUGAUUGAACUGGCCAUGUGGUGGUUGUACGUUGGCUCACUGUCAAAGCUGGGAAAUCUAGGCACAACUUCAUUCUCUGUAAGGGCUCGUAAAAGGAGGGACUAUCCCGGCUUAUUAGAAAGCCCCAUAGUGUCUGCUGAUGCAUGACUGACACCAGUGAUCAUGGCUCUAAUGUGAGCGGGGCAUCUGCGGCAUCUUUCCAUUGGGUAAUUGCCUAAUGGAAAAAGUAUUUAUACAGGAAUCAAAAGGUUGCAAGCAUCUGCUAUCAAAGAAAACAAUCCAUUCAUGCUAAUUGGCCACAGCUUGGUGUAGUGUUUGAACCAUACUUUCCCUGCUAUCUUUAGUGAAAAAGGGUUGUGACUAAAGGGAGUAUAGCCCUUAACCAUGACCCGGUUUCAUUACAGAAGUCAUUGGACGAAGGUGUCUUCUGUAAGCAGGAGUUUUGUUAAGAGCCCUGACACUCAGUCUGACCAUUAACACGCAUCGCUUGUGGUAUGGUUUUGAGUGAAACAAAUACUUUAUUACAAAUGCAGCAUGAACUCAAUUAGCCUGUAAAUCAAAGUUAGGACAAAACAACCAGAUGUUUGCCUUUUUACAAGUUUUCAUCAAUCACUUGUUCAAUAAAGCGCAGAGAGAUUUCCAAAUGGCAGUGUGCUGUGCUCACAUCACAGAACCCAGACUUGCUCAGUGCUAGCUAUACAUGGACUGGUUAAUUGGUUAUAACUCAAAUGGAUUGGCUUGUAUACAGCAGAAACUCUACAAACAAAAGGAUGCAUCUGUACAUAGCUGCUCUAUAGUGUCCAGUUAUAAAACCAAAUACUUUUCUCAAACCACAAUCUACAUGGGCAACAGUGAUGGCAGUGUCUAACCAAUCAGAUGAUAACGUCACUUUUUUUUUUCUUUUUACAAAGUAAAUCACCCUAACAGGCUGUGUGAGGCAACUAUCAAAGCCUGUCCCAACCUAGAAGUUGUACAAAGUUUAAUCAUAGAAAAAUACAAAUCAACACUUAAACAAAUACAAAUAAAACAAGGCAGGUUAAAAAAUCUCAUGGACUACAAUGUAAUAUGGGCUUCAGUACUUGAAUCCUCUAAUACUUUUCAUGGAGUCAGAGGGAAAAGCAUGUGAAUUACACGUAUUUUAGUCUGAGAUAUACCACUCCGAUUCAGUAAUGAACAAAGGUGCUAAGGUGCAUGAAUUAUUAACCUGUCCUAAUAGGGAAGAAUUUGGCAUUUUUGUAAUUCUAAAGAGGUCCAUGUCUCACCAAUACAGAAUCUUAACCUCCAUCUUCAGACAACUGUUAUGCUUAUCUUUUCGAGGUGCUAUAACAGACUACUGACGCAUGUCCUUGCAAAGGAGGCCAUUUGUAACUCCUGUGGUACUAACCCCUGACCCCUUUGUAGUGUCCUCAUGUCUGCUUCAGUCUCUAAUGAGCAUGAUGUAAUCGUUGACAUGUCAACCUUCAAUGGCAGAGGGCAGAAUUAGACUCCACAUAAACAUAAAGCAACAUGAGUAAGAGUAUUGUGAAUUAGUUGCUAGAUUUUUUAAAUAACAAACCAGAGGGUGGCUGAGGCUCUUUCUACCCCUCAGUCAGGAUUGUAAUUUGCUUCAAAUUAGCGACAUUACUUCUCGAUGCCAGAAUCCGAGGCUUGUUCCGCUGGCGCUAGGUUAAAUGUCUCACUGUUUCAGGGCUGAGGCAUAGAGGAGUAAGAAAUGGAGACUGGUCCAACUGUGUAAAUGACCUUUGACCUAUCACGCACACAUAAAGUCUCUCUAACCAUAACAUCUCUCCUUGGGGAGUUGUCUUCGUCCACUAUUGCUCAGGUAAUGUGGCUGUUUGAUUACAGUGAACACUUGUGUGACCAGGGGUCAGUUCCCAGACCCUGGAACUUCCCUCUCUGCUGACAGCUCUCAGCUGUUUUGUCUCUCUCAGGGCCCUCCCUCUCCAAACAUAGCAGCAUCGCUUCUCUCAUUGGCAACCACUGUGUCAUCGUCUCUGUCACAACAAUAAAUACCUUGGAAUAA